CAUGCAUACACACCGAGAGAGAGAACAAGAACACGACAGAAAGAGAGAAUAGAGAGCCAAAGAGAAAGAGACAGUUGAGAACAAGGUGAAAGCUGUCAGUUUGUCUUCCCAUCAAAAAACCAUCAUUUAAAAUCUUAAUACAAGAAAAAGGACCUUUAUUGCAUAGGAAGAAUGAAGAGAGCUGAAAUGAGAGGUUUAAUUUUCAUUUUUACGCUCGUCAUCGUGGCAGCGGAGGCAGAUGACCCCAAAGGGUCAGUAUAUUUCUGGGGAUCCUCUUUCACUCUGACAUGCCCUGAGGGUUACUUUCACAACAGGACUGUGGAACAAUAUUAUCAAUCUUCAUAUUCUGAGAGUGAUAAGGACACGCAUUACUGUAUUUCGGAAAAAGACGAAAAAGGCGUUAAGACAUACUAUUAUUUUUACAUCCAAGCAACAGUAUGUGAGAACUGCUUUGAGCUGGACUCUUCAUUAGUUGCUGGGGCGAUUGGGAUGGACCUCCUAUUGACUGGAGGGAUUAUGAUGAUAAUCUACCUGUGUGCCCAUAAAAAGACCAGUGGGGGGACACCUUCCAAAUCUGUCCCUGCCAAAGCACCCCCCCGCUCAGGAGGACGCGCUCCACCAGUGCCUGCCACCGAUUACGAGAUGCUGAACCCUCAGACACGGAACAAAGAUAUUUACGCUGGGGUUCAGAGGAAUGGCUGAUCCCCUCACCCCCCCCCCCCUCACCCCACACAAGGCACACAGACACUCUGCUCUGCUGCUCCUCACCUGCUCAUCUCAUACUUUGCAGUUGGAAAGAGGAAGACCGAUCUUCUUUGUGAUUUAGUUUAGCUUCUUAUUUGUUUGCUGUAUGUGAGUGGGUAUGUUGCUACUGCACGUGCUCCUUAAAAGUGUUGUAUGAACUUAGCUUUUUUUAUCUGUCUUUUUAUCUACUUACUUUUACAUAGACCUGCACAAGGAAGCAUUUUUAGGUUGUUCUUAAUAAGCCAUGAGCUUUCUGGUAUCUGAUUAAAGUGGAUAAUGGAAACUUA